AUGCUGUUGAAAGCAGCUAAGCGUGAAAAACUUCGACAGCUCAGAGAAGCGCGUCAAGCAGGUACAAGCUUAAUAAGUUAUUCUGAUGAUGAAGAUGAAACUGGUGGUAUCUAUGACGAGGUUGACGAAGAAACAUAUCGCAAGCACAAGAGGAAGCAAUUAAUGAACGAUGAUUUCAUAGUUGACGAUGAUGGAGAAGGCUAUGUUGAUAACGGUGUCGAUGAGUGGGACGAGAGAUCUAGGCCCGCAUAUUAUUCUGACGAAGAAGAAGUCGAGGAUUCAUCGAAAGGAAAUAAAAAGAGAAGCAAAAAAAGAAUCCAAAAGGUUACUAAAACAGCACAAAUUAGCAAUUACUUCAAGCCAAGUGAUAAGAAAAGUGCGCCAUCCAAAAAAGUAGAUGCAAACAUUGACGAUAUUCUCGAUGAGUUUCAAGAAAGUACUCCAUCAGUUAAGAGACAAAAGACCAAUGUGUUUACCUCUUCUAAAUCAGCUUCCGCUGGAAAGGUGGCAAAGAAAAGCAAAUUUGACUUCUCUACUGUUAAAUCAGAAAAACCGAAAAGGCAUAUAGAACACCAGCUGCAUGAUGACUUCCCAGAUUUAGAAGCCCCAUCAUCUCCUCCGGAGGGAGAAGCAACGCCCUCUAAAGCCGAUCAAGAAAUUUUAGCCGAUGACAAUAAGAUAAAGAUGGAGAGUACCGAGGAACUGGUCGUUAAGAUGGAGCUGUCCCCUGAAGAUUCAGAUGAGGAUUCAGAGGAUGAUAUCGUUAUUGCGAGAAAACCAAGAGCAUCAGCAGUCAAUAAAAACAAGGAUAUAAACUUUUCUUCCGUCAAAGCGCCAAUAGCGCUUUCAUCAUCUCCCUCAAGACCAACGAAUCACCAAACGAUCAGCCACACUGUAAAAUUGGAUGAAUCAAAAGUGGUCCCUCAAGGUGAGACAGAGGAUUCUUUCAAAAUGUUCUGGCUAGACUAUUGUGAAGUUGAUGAUACUUUACUUUUAUUCGGAAAGAUUAAAACAAUUGAUGGCGAAUUAGUGUCAGGUGUCGUUCAAGUCAAUGGCUUAUAUAGAGAGAUUUAUUUCUUGCCUCGAAAAUAUAGGCUCGGUGAAGAGGAAUCAGAAAAGAACAGAAUCACUCCCCGUGACGUGCACAAAGAGAUAGCGCCUCUAUUACUAGAGCAGUAUGACUUAGAUGAGCUCAAAGCAAAACCAGAGACUAUGAAGUAUGCUUUCGAAUUGCCAGAUAUUCCAAAAGAAACAGAGUAUUUAAAGGUCAUACUUCCUUUCAAGACAUCCAAGAACAGACAUCUCACAAUGCCUUCAAAUUUGGAAGGUGAGACUUUCUUUCAUGUCUUCGGUACCAAUACCAACAUCUUCGAGUCAUUCGUUAUGCAAAGGAACAUUAUGGGACCUUGCUGGUUAGAGAUUUCAAACGGUGACUUUAAUGCUAUCCAAAACACAUCUCAUUGCCAAGUAGAAGUAGUAGUAAGCUCACCAGGUUGUGUUAAGCCACUUUAUGAGCAUGUUCCUCCGCCUCCCAGUCUUACAGUUACCUCAAUUGGAGUCCAAACUCUUAUGAAUGCAAAGGAGAACAGGCAGGAAGUAGUGUCAGUUUCAAUCGCUACGUAUAGAGAUUUGCAGCAAGAUGUUCCUAUUGAUGGAAGUCUUCAGCCAAACGAGCUUAUUACUUUAGUGAGACCCGUGGGGUCUGUCGCUGUCCCUCCAGGAUUACAACAAAUGGCUCAAAAACAAAACAUUAAUGUCAAGGCAUUCCCCAAUGAAAAGGUGUUAUUGAACUGUUUAUCAGCCUUAAUUAAGAAUGCGGACCCUGAUGUAUUUGUAGGACACAGGUUGGAAAACAUCUCUUUGGAUGUUUUAGUUCAUAGGAUGCAUGAUUUAAAGAUAACUACCUGGUCUACUUUUGGGCGAAGAAACAGGAAAGCGUGGCCGGAUAGGUUUGGCCGUAACACCUCUGGCUUUAAUAACAAUUUACAAAUACGUGAAAUAUUUCAAGGAAGAUUACUUUGCGACAUUGCAAAUGAGAUGGGACAGUCGUUGACGCUAAAAUGCCAAUCGUGGGACUUACCAGAGAUGUAUGAUGUUGUUUGUCAUAAGAAGUUACCUUCUCUUGAAAUAAACUUCCAGAAUCCGAAGUACUCAGAUGAUGCAAACUUUUUGUUAAUGGCGUUGAAGGAAAAUGCAACAAAUGUUAAGGUCACAGCAGAAAUAGCAUUUACAAUUCAAGUCUUGUCUUUAUCUAAGCAAUUAACAAAUAUCGCUGGAAAUGCUUGGUCCCACACAUUGAGUGGUACAAGAGCAGGUAGAAAUGAAUUCAUUUUACUACAUGAGUUCAGGAAGAACAAUUACAUAGUCCCAGACAAAGAAGAUAAGUUUCACAGGAAUACGAAUUAUCAGCAACAAGCACGCUUAGAAUCUGCGGAUGAUGAUUCUACUACAAUAACAUCUAAUAAGAAACCAAAAUACCAAGGUGGUCUUGUCUUUGAACCAGAAAAAGGCUUACACAAAAAUUAUAUCUUGGUCAUGGACUUCAACUCAUUAUAUCCUAGCAUCAUUCAAGAGUUUAAUAUCUGCUUUACAACAGUUGAUCGUGACAAGUUUAACAACACCCUAGAUGAGGACAGAGAUAUGCCUACCUUACCCUCUUCUGAGUCCAGUCCAGGUGUCUUACCGAGAUUAUUGAACACUUUAGUCAGUCGUCGUGGUGAGGUCAAGAAACUUCUUAAAGACCCUAGUAACACUCCAUUCCAAAGAGCCCAAUAUGAUAUCAAGCAGCACGCGCUUAAGUUGACUGCAAACUCGAUGUACGGUUGCUUGGGUUACGUGAAUUCUAGAUUUUAUGCAAAGCCUUUGGCUAUGUUGGUCACCAACAAAGGAAGAGAGAUUCUAAUGGAUACGAGACAAUUGGCAGAGUCGAUAGGGUUGCGAGUUGUAUAUGGUGAUACUGACUCUGUUAUGAUUGACACCGGAGUGGAUGAUUAUGAUGAAGCUAUCAAGAUAGGAGAGCAGUUUAAGUUGCAAGUGAACGAGCGCUACAAACUUUUGGAGAUUGAUAUCGAUAAUAUAUUUAAGAGAUUAUUGUUGCAUGCGAAGAAAAAGUACGCAGCAAUGAAUGCCACCUUAGACCGUAAAACAGGGGAGGUAGUUAGUACUCUCGAGGUGAAAGGGCUUGACAUGCGUCGUCGUGAAUAUUGCCAAUUGUCCAAAGAUAUAUCAACUUUUAUUUUGAAUAAAAUUUUAUCCGAUUUGGAUCCUGAGCAAGCUCUAAGUGAUGCGUACAAUUAUCUAGAAGAAAUGACUACUAAGAUUCGUUCAAAUGAGAUAAAGGUAGACAAGUUUAAGAUUAAUACGAGAUUAUCAAAGGACCCAAAAAAUUAUCCUAACGGUAAGACGAUGCCGCCGGUACAAGUUGCCUUAAGAUUAAGAGAACAAGGUAAAGUCAUCAAGGCUGGAAGUGUUAUCACUUACGUGGUCACUGCUCCUGUGAGUGAAGAUGAUAAAUCGUCGCCUGCGGAAAGAUCUCGAGCUAUUCAAGAACUUUAUUCUAAUGAGCAGGGGAGAAAGCCUGACGCAAAUUUUUAUCUUGAAAAGCAAAUAUUUGCCCCAGUAGAAAGGUUACUUGAAAGAAUUGAUGGUGUUGAUAUAACUAGAGUAGCGAGCUCACUCGGAAUAGAUACUAAGAAAUACGUUUUAAAAGCGAGAUCAAGUGAGGCCUCAAAUGGAGAACUAUUGCCCUUCGAAUCUAACAUAUCUGACACAGAAAGAUUUAGACAAACCAGUUACUUCGUAAUGGAAUGUAAAUGUGGUAAUAAAUUUAGGUUUGGCGGUAUUCAAGCUUCACAAGAAUACAAAGUUACGUUCAAUGGUAUCUCAUGCAUGAGAUGUGAGUUCUCUUUUCCCCUUUUAAAAAUCAACGCUCAAUUAGAAUAUACCAUACGGAAACAUAUUGCAUUAUAUUACGCAGGCUGGCUAGUUUGCGACGAUUCAGCAUGUGGAAUCACCACUAGACAAAUAUCAGUGUACGGAAAACGUUGCAUAGGUGCAUCAGGGACUGCCAAGGGCUGUAAAGGUAUAAUGAGAUACAAAUAUAGUGAUAAAGCACUAUAUAAUCAGUUACUUUAUUUACAAUCCAUAUUUGAUGUUGACAAAGCUAAAAAGACUCAACUAAGACCAAUUUAUGAUUCCUUCCACACGAAAGGCCCUGCAAAACUUGCUACUGGCCAACUUGAAGCCCUAGCAGAACAGAACAGAGAACUAUUUUCACACUGCCAGGAAGUAGUUCAAAAGUACUUAACAAACUGCGGUAGGCGGUAUGUCGAUAUGGGUGCAAUAUUCGAGUUCAUGGCAUAUAAGUAG